GUGCAUGAUAAGAUGCCAGCAAAUUCGCCAUACUGCUACAACCACAAGGAGAUAGUGGAAUUCGCAUGGCACCAAGCCUCCAAUCUACCGACAGCACAGGAGCGGGAACAAGCAAAGCAAUACUUCAUGCACUGCAGGGACAAGGACCCCGUCAAGUUCACGCAGCUGAUCCUUGACGCGGAACAGCAAGCUGGGGAGAGGCGUGGGCGAGGUAUCAAGCGUAAGUGGUUGGAUUGGUCCCAGUACACUGAAAGGGCGGCAGUGAAGAAGGAGGUAGAGGACGCUGGCAAGCUUAAGUGGUGUGAUUACGUCGACUGGACUUACUACUACACGGUCAAGCGGAUGAAGCCUAGAAGCGCGUCUGAUGAAGAAUGGAAGGAAGCUAUUGGAAAAACCAAGGGGACAGAAUGGCAGAGGGGCACUGGCGACACUGUUGAGAUUCUUGUGAAGAAGGGUGAUUACGUUUCCUACAAGCAGGCGCUGUCUCUUACCCAGGAAUGGGCGACAGGGGAAAAGCAGAAGAAGAAUCCUACGGAGGCCGACUACAAGAAAGCCAUGGAGAAGAUCAAGACAGGCCACGCGUCCUUCAGCGACUCUAUCUUCAAAGCGUUAACUGGCAGUGCCGCUGCAAGUACUGCGCCUCACGGGGAUCAUCAUGUCGGUAGCGGCGGCUUCGUUGAACUUGGUGCUGACGACGGCGAGCCGAAAAAGCAGAGGAAGCAGAAGCAUGAGCCUGUGCCGCUAUCCGCUGAAGGAGGAGGUCCAUCGUCUAAAAAGAAGGGCGUGAUCCUGGGUUCGCAGCAGCUGAAGGCGCAAGGUUCGCUGAAGAAUUCCCUCGACGCCGAGCUCGCUCACUGGACGGGGAGUGGCGCGAAUGCCGCCGUUCCCGACCUGGUUGAACAAGGAAUCCGCGACUCCAAGGAUAAGAUCAAGGAUGAUGCUAUUCACAAUGGGGUAUGUGAGGGCCACUUGUUCAGUUUGAAAAUCCGCCUCGACGUGUUGAAAGCGAUCCACGUCGCUGAUCUGCAAAAUGUGAUUCGGGGCUUCGAUAACAAGUCCAAGGCGCAGCUCCCCGUCCCGGUGGACAGGUUGGCAGACGUGAAGGACAUCAAGUCCAGGAUCGCAGGGAUCAUGGAGACUGAGACCAAGGAGGCCUUGAAGACUUCAGAGGCGAGCAUCCAGCAACUGAUCAACUACAUCUCGCAGGUCCGCUCGGCCGUGAUGGUUGGCAUCAAAGACUUGGGUACAGCUGUGACUCAGUAUUACAAGCGGAUUGAAAAAGAGGAGAAGACUGCGCAGGCUCAGAAGGAGAGGGCAGCGAAGGCAGCAGCGAAAAAGGCUGCAAAGGAGGCUGGGAAAAAAUCGCCGCCAACGGCCCCAACCGCAGAUGAGCCUCGCAGCAUCUUCGACACGUGUUGGGAGUUGAUCGGUCAGGAGAUUACGAAGUACACAGACAUGGCAGACUUUGCGCAGAAAGGAAACGACGGCCGCGAUCCCUACAUCAUUGCCAAUGCUGACAAGAUUAAGUCGUACAUCGAGCAGGCUGGGAACAUCAAGACUGGGAUGGCCUCGUUCACUGCCACAUUCACGGACUCGGCUCAAGCAACGAUCACUGGCCGGGCGUCCUGCCCACUGAAUGCUUCGUCUGGCGCGGUGUCCAGCUUGAAAUCGAUGAUGCGACAGUGCGCUCCGCGUACACCCGAGACCUUGUUGGUCGAGGAUAAGAUUCCAACGCUGGGCACGAGCUUCAGCGGGGCGUUGGACACGCAUCGCAGUGCCUACUUCGAACACCUUGGGCUUGGAUCGAUUCGCUACGGCAUCAGCGGCACCCGGGACCUUGUGAUAUUCAAGUACGACUCCCUGGCCCACGCCUUUCCCGAGGAGGGCCCUUUCAACAUGUUGAAGCAGCUUUGCCAGGUGCCCGUCGAGAAAGCGAAGCCCAUCCUGGAGCUGGGUGUUUUCGUGCGGGUCCCUCCUGGGUCAUUGUUGGUGGUGCCACCUGCUCACAUCAUUCUGGAGGAGGGCUACAAGAAGCAGCAGACCAUCGGAUUGCGUGUGAGCUUCAUGGACUUGCGUCAGAAAGACAUGUACAGUAAAUUCAUUGCUUGCAUCCAGGAGAGUGACCCAAAGUUCGCCCAGCUCUCAACGAUGAACAAGGUGGUCAAAGCCCUCGAUGGGCUUUCGAAGUUGUCGAGUGAGUCUGCGGGGAGCCGCGAUGGCUGCCCGAUGGCCUCAGCG